AUGUUCAAAUUUUUCCUGCUGGCAGCUUUGGUACCGGUAGUUCUGCUGCAGAACGCCGACAAUAUCGACUACCAGGAUUGGGACGUUGUUGCCGUUCGACCGUGUGCCGGUGCUCGGCCACUGCCACCGGUUGUCCGUCUACAGAACUGUCCGGAGGUUCCUUGCUUGCUACCCCGAGGCUCGGAUGCCAAGAUGGCAUUGGAUUUCACAGCCCUACAGGAUGCCACGACCCUACGCAGCCAGGUGACGGCAACCGCUCUCGGUAUUACCGCCCCGUACGAGCUGCCUCCGGAUCGUGCUGCAGCCUGCAAUUGGCUCGUGCAAUCCCGCUGCCCAAUUAGCGCCGGAGAGGAUCUGGUUCACCAUCUCAGCAUGCCCAUCACGGCCAUCUAUCCGCUGGUCAGUGUUGCCAUCGAGAUGGACCUGAUCGAUGAGACCGGCCAGUCGCAUGCUUGCUUCGUCGUGGAUGCCCGCGUUGUUGCCGCUUAA